UCUUUUAUCGUUUGAUAUUAAAACCUUCACUUGCUUCUCCCUACUAGGGCAAAACACAAGGGUUUUUAUCCUCUCUCUAUCUCUCUCUCUCUCUCUCUCUGCACUCCAGCAAAAAGCCUUCCUUUCUCGCUCCUUGUCCUCCUCUUCCUCUUCAAGAGUAGGUUUUCCCUUCUUCUUCUUGUUGGAAAUGGCAAGUGCUCAGCUCACCGCGUCCUCGAUUUCCGCGAGGAGUUUUCCGGCGUUCGAAGGACUCAGGCCAUCGUCGGUGAAGUUCGCGGCGGCGGGGCAGGUGAAGUUCGCCGGAAUCAACCAGAGGUCGUCCUUCAGAGCUCUCGUCGUCCAAGCUGCUACCGUUGUUGCGCCCAAGUACACUUCCAUCAAGCCUUUGGGUGACAGAGUUCUCCUGAAGAUCAAAUCUGCGGAAGAGAAGACUGAGGGUGGGAUAUUGCUUCCAACCACAGCUCAAACAAAGCCUCAAGGAGGUGAGGUGGUUGCUGUUGGAGAGGGCAAGACAGUUGGGAAAACUAAAGUGGAUAUCACUGUAAAGACUGGUGCCCAAGUUGUUUAUUCCAAGUAUGCUGGAACAGAGCUGGAGUUUAAUGGCGCAAAGCAUCUUAUAUUGAAGUACGAUGACAUCGUUGGUAUUCUUGAAACAGAUGAUGUCAAGGAUCUCAAGCCCCUUAAUGAUAGAGUAUUAAUCAAGGUUGCUGAGGCCGAGGAGAAGACAGCAGGUGGCCUGCUGCUGACUGAGGCAAGCAAGGAGAAACCCUCGAUUGGCACGGUAAUUGCAGUUGGACCUGGUCCUCUAGAUGAGGAAGGGAACAAGAAACCAUUAACCGUCACUGCAGGAAGCACAGUUAUGUACUCUAAGUACGCAGGGAACGACUUCAAGGGUAAAGAUGGCUCUGACUACAUAGCUUUGAGGGCUUCGGAUGUUAUGGCCGUACUCUCGUAGUUGCCUGAUAGAUGUGCUCAAUCUUUAGUCUGAAUUUUGUGGCGGAUUUUGUUCAAGGCUUAUUGUUUCAAAUGUAUCUGAAAUAUAGAUCCUUUUUGGUAUAAUGGUUGAGUUUUUGACGUUUUUUUCCUCU